AUGGACGAAUUUCCACCCAAGAAGACCAAGGUGAAAACGACCAAAGUUGUCAGAGGCAAGAAGAUGAUCAGGCCAGAAAUCAGGCGCUGGCUAGCGGGGUACCCGCAGAUCACGAGAUUUCGAAGGGAGGCCCAAGACCUGAUUCGGAACGCGCCGGACGGCAUGUCGGCGGAGAUGGACGAAGCAAACGAGAGGCACGUCUUCGUCGACAUGCUGGGCCCCGAACAGUCGCUGUACGAAGGAGGCCUCUUCCGCCUCGAGGUGUUUUUCCCCGCCGAGUACCCGCGCCAGGCGCCGCUCAUCCGCUUCAUGACGAAGAUCUACCACCCGAACGUGGACAAGCUGGGCCGCAUUCGCCUGCCGGAGAUCGAGGAGAAGUGGACGUCCGGGCGGCUGCUGCGGGAGGCGCUGGGCGCGCUGCAAGCGCUGCUGGCCAACCCCAAC